CUGCUGCAGACGCCUCCCCGUGUGUCCUGCCCUCCUCCAGCCUCGGCCAGCACUCGGAGCCUCGCACCACAGCCAGACCUCCGGCUCCCUUGCCAUGAAGGGCCCCCUGCUCGGAGCCAUGUUCUCCCGGCACGUCAAGCGGCACCCCGGACUCGUUCCCCUCAUUGGCUUCAUCAGUGUCGGACUGGGCAGCGCUGUGCUGUACUUGCUCAGGCUGGCCCUGUACAGCCCGGACAUCAGCUGGGACCGAAAAAAUAACCCCGAACCCUGGAAUAAGCUGGGCCCCACGGACCAGUAUAAAUUCAUGGCAGUUUCCACCGACUACAAGAGCCUCAAGAAGGACCGGCCCAGCUUCUGAGCUGCUGCUGCCAGCCCCCCCCCAGCACCACAACUGCCCCAGCAGCAGGCUGGACCCCUGCACCAAGCCCCCUCACUCCAGGCCCCCGUCCUGCCCUGCAGCAGCUGCUGCUUGCACCACCUCUCCCGCCAGCCCCAUCUGCAUCAAACACGUAGACCGGUAAUAAAUAAAUCACUGAGGGGAGUGAGGAGGACGGCUCGUGGCUUUCCAGGCCCAUCAGCGCAGCAGUCCAACACCCCACGCCCUGCGAGGGCCGGGGGCUCGCAUCCCACUGGAAGCUGCGGUUCCCAGCCCUGACCCCUCAGCGCCGCACUUCCGCUCUCCCACGCUCCAGGGGUGCCCCCGGAGCUCCCCCACGAGGGUCCUGGCCCACGGGGAGGCCACAGGAAGCCAGAUCUGGAGAG